GUAAUAGAAGUCCUAUAGGCAUUAUUGAUGCCGCGGUAUAAGUAAUCGUUGUCGUUGUCAGUUAUAUAUAUUUAGUUAACAAAACACAUCACAAAUUAUAAAAACGCGAUAGCGUAUACAUCAAUUUCAUGGGUAGAAGUUACCUAUGUAUGUACAUACAUAUUAUACAUACAUACACAAUAGUUAUCAAAAUAUAGGUGGUCGGCCAUUUCAUUGUUAUUCAUCAAUCCGUGUUCUUCUUAUUCUCUCUCAAUAAUGUAUCAUUUUCAUAUUAUUUGGAGUAUAAUAUGAGCGGAGCAAUGGUGGUAAUAAAGAUAAUAAAUUACUGCAUAUGAAUCACAGAAUAGCUAAAUAUGAAUAUUUGAGGUUACGCUGUUGUGAUUGCGGAACUUCAUCAGCUUAAAGAGUGAAAGAGAGAGAGUGUAAGGUUGAUUUUACCAAAGAUUAGUAAACAUUCCUAAAUAAUAAUAGUGAGAUCUUGAAUGCUCAUUAAUGAUACUGAUAAAAUUAGUAAACGCCAAAUAGAAGAGAAGAUUGUAAUAAUUCGAAUAAACAAACAUAACUUAAAAAGAUAUUCCAUUCAUCAUUUUGCUUCCAAAAUGCCUGUUGACAUAAAUCGUUUAACAGAAGGCUGGUUAGAAUUGGAGAGUGAUCCUGGAUUAUUCACACUGUUAUUAGAGGAUUUUGGAGUUAAAGGAGUUCAAGUAGAAGAAAUUUAUGAUCUUCAGAAAUCCUUGGAAGGACCUGUUUAUGGAUUUAUUUUUUUGUUUCGAUGGAUAGAAGAAAGAAGAUCUCGGCGUAAAAUUGUUGAUCAGGAUGAAAGCUUUGUGAAAGAUGAAGACAUUGUCAAUGAUAUAUUUUUUGCUCAACAAGUUGUACCAAAUAGUUGCGCCACGCAUGCACUAUUAUCUGUUUUAUUAAAUUGUCCCAAUAUACACCUUGGAUCAACACUAUCUCGUUUAAAGCUUCAUACAGCUGGUAUGUGUCCUGAAAAUAAAGGCUGGGCUAUUGGAAAUACACCAGAAUUAGCAUGUGCUCAUAAUUCUCAUGCAAUGCCUCAAGCAAAAAGAAGACAAGAUAAAAAUACUAGUGGUGUAACCACAGGUAGAUUUACUGGAGAAGCUUUCCAUUUUGUCAGUUAUGUACCUAUUAAUGGGAAACUUUUUGAACUGGAUGGCUUGAAACCAUAUCCCAUGGAUCAUGGACCAUGGAAAGAAACUGAAGAGUGGACAGAACAUUUUAAAAGAGUUAUUAUGGACCGUUUAGGCAUAUCUACAGGAGAACAAUUACAAGAUAUUAGAUUUAAUUUGAUGGCUGUUGUGCCAGAUAGAAGAUUAGCAAUUUCUCAUAAAUUAACAAUGCUGAGGACCAAUAGGCAAAUAGUUUUAGAGGCUCUGCAACAGCUUGUAAAGUUAACACAUCACUCAGAAAAUCAUGUCAACAAAAGUAAUGGUAAUAACAAUGAUGUUAAUGAAAAGAAAGAAAAAUGUAAACAAGAUAAUGAAUCAUGCGAUACUGAAGCUACUACUUCGAUACCAGUAAUCUGCAUAGAAGCAGUUAAUGAUUCAAAUAAUGAUAUAGCUAAUUCAAAUACAAAGGCAAGCUUAUCAAAAAGCCCAGAAAAAGUACUUAAUGUUUGUGCUCUUGAUUAUGCAACACCUCUACAAAUUCAAACAUCUCCUGCACAUAGUUCUUCAAGUACUGAUACUUCAUCAGAAAUAGGUUCUGCAUUUAAUUCCCCAACCCAAGCUUGGGGAUGGAAUUCAGAGCAGAUAAGUAGCCCUACGUCCGCCAAAGAGUUUAAGAAAUUUGUAGUUAUUAGAGUUGCAGGAGAGGAAAAGAAUGAAAACGGAUUAAGUCGUUCACUGAGCAAUAUUAAUAUCAAUGGAAAAAGAUUAGUUUCAGAUAAUACACAUCUAAAUAAGAAAGUUUGUAUAUCAGGGGAAUCAAGAGUUCCUCAUGCAAGAGUAAAAACAAGUAAUGGUGAUACUGUUACCGAAGAAAAAAAAAUUGAAAAGAUUGAUUCAAAACUCUGUUCAGAAUUUUCAGAACUUUCUGAACCUCACACAUUUGCUCCAAAAGAUUUAUUAGCGUUACUUAAGAAUUUAGAACAUGAAAUUGGUAUUUGUGAAACAGCUCUAAAAGAUGAAAAUGACAAAAGAAAUAAAUACAAAAUUGAUGACUGCAGACGAACUCAUAACUAUGAUGAGUUUAUUUGUACAUUCUUGUCAAUGUUAGCUCAGCAAGGGAAAUUGGCUGAAUUGGUACAGCAACAUUUGCAAUUAAAAAAGCAACCUACAGUAUCUGUUAAUAGAGUACACAGAAAUUCUAAAAAAACGGAUACAAAUCGUACCACUUCAGUUCCUCGUAAACGACGUGGAAGAACAAAGUGUAAAAAACGUAAAUAAGUGCUUUCUACAUAUGUUAAGAUAUCUAUUAGCAUAUAUGUAUUUA